AUGCCGGGCCUGGCGUGGAAACUUUUGAUAGCUGCCACAGAGGGUGGUGUGGUUGUCCGACCUACGGGGAGCCACAGUCAUAGCAGCAAAGAUGUACAAGUUCACUACCAGACCAGCAAGAUAACGAGCGUAUCUCGCAAUGAAGACGAUGGGACAUUCUCGACGCCUUUGGAAGCCCAUGGACUCGUUGGCAUACUCGACCUUGUCACAUCGUCUCACCUCAUUGUGAUUACACGGAGAGAGCACGUCGCUUCCAUCCGUGGCAAAGCCAUCUACGGCGUUCGAGAUGUCACCUUGAUACCACUGACAUCCCAGGCGGAAGCUCAGGUGAGUAUUGAUACAGCAAAGAAGAGUCUUGCCAAGGCAGCCGGCACUGCUGCCAGUGUUGAGACUGAUGAGAGCGAUGUUGGAGACGAUGCUGAGACGGCUUCGGUAGUCUCUGUUGAGGAUGAGGGCCCAGAGGAGGAUGCCGCUGAGCUGCCUAAGGGAGGACUGAAGAAGAGUGCUACGUUCGCUAAGCGGUGGUUUAGCAGGAAUGCUCCAAAAGGUAGAAAGCAAUCGACGAGCAAGGACAGUUCAGUUGAAGGAGAAACCGUGGCAGAGGAAGGCAAUGAUCAGAAUGCUUCCGUCACUAGCAACGAACAAAACGAGCAAACUCCCCAGUCUCCGCCAAGAGACCGCUCGAGCGAGGGCAAUGAUAAGCCCACGGAGCCUUCGCAGGGGAAAAGCACCAUCGAGAGCCUCACGCCUCGUAUCCUCAGGACUGCCAAAAUGAUGUUCAGCACGAGCGGCUUCUACUUCUCCUAUGAUCAUGACUUGUCCGGAACGUUGACGCAGAAGAGUACAAUGGUCUCAGGGAUGCCGCUGUGGAAGCGAUUCGAUGGUCUUUACUUCUGGAAUAGACAUUUGAUCGAUCCUUUUAUGAAGACGAACCACGAUGAGCUUGUGCUACCCCUGAUGCAAGGUUUCGUGGGCCAGCGUGCAUUCUCCAUCGCGAAGAGCGAAGACGAAGAGGAACACUCCGUCGCUGGAGCAAGUCAAGCCCCUGAAGAUGUGGUCGCAGCUCAGGAGACGCCUUCGAAGACGGAACUCACAGAUGAGGGCACCCAAGCACAAGAGUUCCUGCUAACACUGAUAUCCCGACGUUCCGUCAAGCGAGCAGGCCUGCGUUUCAUGCGGCGAGGCGUUGACGAUGAUGGAUACGUGGCGAAUACGGUCGAGACGGAGCAGAUCCUCUCGCCGAUGACCUGGAGUAUGUCCGACAAGACCUAUUCGCUUGUUCAGCUCCGAGGGUCGAUACCACUGCACUUUACGCAAACACCUGGCCGGCUCAAACCUACGCCCGUGAUGUUUGGAUCGGAGGCGACGAACCAGGCGGCGUUCAAGAAGCAUCUCUCAUCUGUUGGCUCGAGAUAUGGCAAGAUCCAGGUGGUCUCACUGAUCGACAAGCACAAUAGCCCCGAAGUGCCUAUUGGCGAAGCUUUCGAAACGCACACCACACUCCUUAACGAUGCUGGCGGCAUCAGUGGGAAACCAAUCGGCUUCGAAUGGUUCGACUUCCACACCAUCUGCAGGGGCAUGAAGUUUGAGAACGUCUCGAUCCUCAUGGACGCCAUCGAACCCACGCUCAAGUCCUUCGGCUGGAUCGUCAAGCAAGACGACCGUAACAUCGGCCAGCAGACGGGCGUUGUGAGAACGAACUGCAUGGACUGCCUCGAUCGAACCAACAUCGUCCAGUCUUCCAUCGCAGGCUGGGCAUUGGAGCAGCAGCUCAAAGACCGUGGUUUACACAUCGACCUCAAAACCGACCCAACAACACAAUGGUUCAACACUCUCUGGGCAGAUAACGGCGACGCCUGCUCCAUGCAGUACGCCGGCACCGCAGCGAUGAAGGGCGAUUUCACGCGCACCCGAAAGCGAAACUGGGCGGGCGCGCUGUCGGAUUUCAGCAUCACGUUGACGAGGUAUUACAAUAACAUGAUUGGGGAUUACUUCCUACAAACCUGCAUCGAUUUCUUCCUGGGUAAUGAAGGGCAAGGUGUGUUUGAGGAGUUUGAAACGGAGAUGGUUAGUAAAGACUACUCUUUGGACAUGAGAAGGGUUAGGGAGAGCGCGAUCGAGACAUGUGUGAAGAUCGUGCUUGAGGAUCCAAGUGAAAAGUUGCUUGCGGGAUGGACAAUGGGUUGUCCGAAGCAAUCGAACACGUUGAGGAGUCUGCCGUUUGAGGAGUGUGUUGUGUUGCUUACGAGUGCGGCUUUCUAUUUGUGUCGGUUUGACUGGGAUACGGAGAAGGUCGGGGCGUUUGAGAGGGUGGAUCUGUGCGAUGUGACGGAGGUCUGGCGAGGGGCGUAUAUCACCUCCGCGCUUGGGGAGACGCAUCUUGACGAAGCGAAGAAUUAUGGCUUUGCGCUGCGGUAUAGUACGAAGGGCAACUCGAUUGUGAGGAGGAAUACUCGCACUCUGCAGAAUAAAGGCGAGACGAGCAGUGAGAAUGCAGGCAAGGAUGAGCUGCAGAAGCAGGCCGAGCCCGAAAAGGAUGAGAGCAGGAUGCUUGCGUUUAAGGCGCUGCCACCGAGCUCUACUGCUGCUAAGGGGGAUGUUGAAGCGACGGAGAAAAUGAACGAAGUCCGGCUGGUGACGCACGUCUGUGAUCGACUGCGGGAUACCGCGAGGACGGCAAAAGCCAGAAUGUAUCCAAUACAUGCGGACGACGACAUACAGGUCGAAGAGAAACCCAUCAUCUCAGCGGCAGAUGCGAAAAAGAGCACAGGCUAUAUGGAAUCUAUCGGAUACUCGCUGAAACGAAUGGUCUGGUCGUGA